AUGUCUCAAAUUGUUUUAUUACGUGCAUUACAUUGGAGUUCAAGUAUUGCUACUGCAUUGCGAAGGACAACUUCUGUACAUCGACUACAUCAAUAUCAAAAUCAUUAUUCAUAUUCAACUUUAUUAACAUCAUCUAAUGAAAUUUUAGUUAGAGAAAAUAAUACAAAUAUAAAACGAAAUCAUUCUACUAAGACAUUACUUAUUAAUUCUUCUCAUGCUUCAGUUUAUACAUUUACGUGUUGUCUUCAUACGAGUCCAAUAUAUUUUGAUACAGUUGAUGUAAGAGCACCAUCAUUUCCUGAAUCAGUGAAAGAAGGUUCUAUUCGAUUAUUAAAAAAGGUUGGAGAUAAAGUAUCUGCUGAUGAAACAAUAGCUGAAAUCGAAACAGACAAAACAGCUUUAAAUAUUAAUGCACCACAAGCAGGUACAAUUGAAAUAUUCCUUGUCGCUGAUGGUGAUAAUGUUACAACAAAUGCUCACAUAGCCAAACUUAAUACAAGUAAUGAUGUAAAACCAAUAUCAGAAAAUAAAAAAGAUUCAUCAAUCGAGAAAAUCGAUGCAGAAAAAGUCAAACAUACAUUAGAUGAAUCGAUAGAUAAAGUCAAUAUUGAACAAACAAAAGAAAAAUCAUCUACAAGUUUCAUUUCAUCUAAACCAUCGCAUAUAUUAACUUCAGUAACUGGUUCAAAACUUGAUACUUCAGCACCACAAAAUUUAACUACAUCAACUAAACAACAAGUUAGUGAAGCACGAUCAGAAACACGUGUAAAAAUGUCAAAAAUGCGUAUAAGAAUAGCUGAACGUCUUAAACAAGCACAAAAUACAUGUGCUAUGUUAACAACUUUUAAUGAAAUUGAUAUGAGUAAUAUUGUUGAAUUUCGUAAAAAAUAUGCUGAUCAAUUUUUCAAACGUCAUAAAAUUAAAUUAGGAUUUAUGUCAGCAUUCAUUAAAGCAUCUGCAUGUGCUCUUGUAGAUAAUCCUAUUGUUAAUGCAAUUAUUGAUGAAAAUGAAAUAGUCUAUCGUCAUUAUAUUGAUAUUAGUGUUGCUGUUGCUUCAUCAAAGGGUUUAGUUGUACCUGUCCUUCGAAAUGUCGAAAAAAUGAAUUAUGCUGAUAUUGAACGUGCAAUAAAUGAAUUUGGUGAAAAAGCAAAAAAUAAUUCCCUUGCCAUUGAAGAUAUGGAUGGUGGAACAUUUACAAUAAGUAAUGGAGGAGUAUUUGGUUCGUUAUUUGGUACUCCAAUUAUCAAUCCACCGCAGUCAGCUAUUCUUGGUAUGCAUGGAAUAUUUGAUCGACCUGUAACUAGUAAUGGCAAAAUAGAAAUUCGUCCGAUGAUGUAUGUGGCACUUACAUAUGAUCAUCGUAUUUUAGAUGGUCGUGAUGCAGUUCUAUUUCUACGAAAAAUUAAGCAAUAUGUAGAAGAUUCUCGUACUAUUUUUCUCGAUAUUUAA